AUGAUGCCAAAUCCACACGUAUAUUCCCAUCAUCAAUAUCCCCAGGCCGACUCGGCCUGGAUGCAUCAGCAGCCAUCGCACUCGCACCACACCCAGGCUGCGGCCGUCGCCGCCAACGUCGCUCAGCAGCAGCACUAUAAUCGCAUCGCAGGUGCCCACAACAGCGUCGGCCCUCUGACCCAGGCCCACGGCCAGGACAAUGCCCUCGAGUCGUCCGUGUCCGAAGACAAUCGGCGCACGCUGCAAUACAUUGCCGAUCUCUUGAACGAGAACACGCGCGAGGGUGCCUUGCUGGAGCUCAGCAAAAAGAGGGAGCAGGUUCCUGAACUCGCUUUGAUUCUGUGGCACUCGUUCGGGGUCAUGACGUCGCUGCUUCAAGAGAUUAUCAGUGUCUACACGCUCCUUAGCCCAUCACAGCUCACUGCCGCUGCCUCUAACAGAGUUUGUAAUGCGUUGGCUCUCCUCCAGUGCGUGGCAUCGCACAACGAGACCCGGGGGCUUUUCUUAAACGCACACAUUCCACUCUUUCUCUACCCUUUCCUCAACACGACGUCAAAGUCGCGGCCCUUUGAAUAUCUCCGGCUUACGUCGCUUGGAGUAAUCGGGGCCCUGGUCAAAAAUGACUCGUCCGAGGUCAUCAACUUCCUCCUUACGACCGAGAUUAUCCCUUUGUGCCUCCGGAUUAUGGAAACCGGGUCCGAACUCAGCAAAACAGUGGCCAUCUUCAUCGUCCAAAAGAUCCUGCUCGACGAUAAUGGUCUCAACUACAUUUGCGCCACCUAUGAGCGCUUCUAUGCUGUGGGUACGGUCCUCAGCAAUAUGGUCGCCCAGCUGGUGGAGCAGCAGACCGCGAGGCUGCUGAAGCAUGUGGUUCGGUGCUUCCUGAGACUCAGCGACAACGCCCGCGCUCGCGAGGCAUUACGGCAAUGCCUGCCGGAACCGCUGCGCGACCAUACGUUCCAGUCUGUGCUCCGCGACGACGCUGCGACGAAACGCUGCCUCGCGCAGCUGCUCAUCAACCUGUCGGAUAACGUGGUUGAACCCACCGCCGUCGGCCAGCUUGGGAUUUAG